CUUGCUUUCUUUUCUGUUAGCUAAAAGUUACUACCUUUUUCUUGGGCUCUGAAGUCUGCCUGGAUGGUGGUAUUUAAUGUGAGGCAGCUGCAGACUGUGCCCCAAAGCAAAUGAGGCUAGAAGAAUUACCUUUUCUAAAAGCAUCCCACCUGAGUGUCACAAAGAUGUGCAGCUGAAACCAAGCCUGCCUUCUGUACAUAAAGGAAUCUGGGCAGGCAGACCCCUGGCUCUUGGGAGAGAAGGUGGAGAGCCUGCGGCCGGUAGGAACUCCUGGUAGCAUUAUGCGGCUGCUGCAGUGUGUCUUGCUGUGUGUUUCAUUAUCUCUUGUUUUGAGUGGUCAGCAUAAGCCUGAGGCACCAGGUUAUUCCAGUGUGCUCCAUUGUGGGCUGUGGAGCUUCCAGUUUGCUGUAAACCUCAGUCAGGAGGCAACUUCUCCUCCUGUACUAAUAACUUGGGACAACCAAGGGCUGCUGCACAAGCUACAGAAUGACUCUGACUGUGGCACCUGGAUAAGAAAGGGUCCGGGCAGCUCCGUGGUGUUGGAGGCAACCUAUAGCAGCUGCUAUGUCACUGAGUGGGACUCCCACUACAUCAUGCCAGUUGGAGUUGAAGGAGUGGGUGUGGCUGAACACAAGAUGGUUCCAGAGAGGAAGCUGCUCAAGUGUCCUAUGGAUCUUCUAGCCCGAGAUGCUCCAGAUACUGACUGGUGUGACUCCAUCCCAGCGCGGGACAGGCUGCCAUGUGCACCUUCACCCAUCUCUCGAGGAGACUGUGAGGGGCUAGGCUGCUGUUACAGCUCUGAGGAGGUGAAUUCCUGCUACUACGGAAACACCGUGACCUUGCGUUGUACCCGAGAGGGCCAUUUCUCCAUCGCUGUGUCUCGGAACGUGGCCUCACCACCACUGGUCUUGGAUUCUGUGCGCUUGGCCCUUAGGAAUGACAGUGCGUGUAACCCUGUGAUGGCAACACAAGCUUUUGUUCUGUUCCAGUUUCCAUUUACUUCCUGUGGCACCACAAGACGGAUCACUGGAGACCGAGCAGUAUACGAAAAUGAACUGGUGGCAACUAGGGAUGUGAAAAAUGGGAGCCGCGGCUCUGUCACUCGUGACAGCAUCUUCAGGCUCCAUGUCAGCUGCAGCUACUCAGUAAGUAGCAACUCUCUCCCAAUCAAGGUCCAGGUUUUUACUCUCCCACCACCCUUUCCUGAGACCCAGCCUGGACCCCUCACUCUGGAACUUCAGAUUGCCAAAGAUAAAAACUAUGGCUCCUACUAUGGUGUUGGUGACUACCCCGUGGUGAAGUUGCUUCGGGAUCCCAUCUACGUGGAGGUCUCCAUCCUUCACAGAACAGACCCCUCCCUGGGGCUGCUCCUACAUCAGUGUUGGGCAACACCCAGCACAGACCCCCUGAGUCAGCCACAGUGGCCCAUCCUGGUAAAGGGCUGCCCCUACAUUGGAGACAACUAUCAGACCCAGCUGAUCCCUGUCCAGAAAGCCUUGGAUCUUCCAUUUCCCUCUCACUACCAGCGCUUCAGCAUCUUCACCUUCAGCUUUGUGGACCCUACAGCGGAGAAACAGGCCCUCAGGGGACCGGUGCAUCUGCACUGCAGCGUGUCAGUCUGCCAGCCUGCUGAGACACCAUCCUGUGCGGUAACCUGUCCUGAUCUCGGUCGCAGAAGAAAUUCAGGCACCAUUUUUCAGAACACUACUGCUAGUGUUUCUAGCAAAGGCCCCAUGAUUCUACUCCAAGCCACUAAGGACCCUCCAGAAAAGCUUCGUGCUCCUGUAGACUCAAAAGUUCUGUGGGUGGCAGGCCUUUCUGGGACCUUAAUCCUUGGAGGCUUGUUAGUAUCCUACUUGGCUAUCAAGAGACAGCUGAAUUGUCCAGACCAAACAUGUCAAUAAAACCAGACUGUACUCCCAGCCUGUGCUGAGCUUCUCAUUUGAAAGGGAAAUAUUUAUCUUGGCUUACCUUGGAAGUCUAACCUGAGAGAACUAAGGAUGCUGGCAGGUGACUGGAAACAGCAUCUUGGCUUUAGCCCCCAUGUAUUGAAACAUUUUAUUGGAUCCUUAUUUUGGACAAAGUUCCCUUUCAUAUUAGGAAAGGAAGUCAGUACUCUAGUCCAACAACCAACAUAGAACUUGUUUACGUGGUUUGCCAACAAGAAUAAUGGUAGGAAACCAGAAGUUGAAGCUGAUGUUAUAGCAGUUAUUUGGAAAGAAGCCUAUUCAAACAAUGUCAUGUUCCCUGCCGCUCCCAUUUUCACCCAGAAUAUUCAGACCAGAAGAGUCGGAUACUGUUGGCAGAGAUGUACUCUCUGAACUCAACUUUCUCACCUCUGAAAUAGAAAACUAUCAAUUAUUCUUAGCUAUCUGGCUCUAAAUUUUUGGUUCUUAGAACAUUCUUAAUCCCCUUCAGUUGUUUUCCAUGGGUCUUGAUUUCCAGCUGUCCCUUGGAAACUCUACUC